CCUUCAUCUUCUUCUUCUUCACCAUUUCUCUCUCUAUAUCUCUCUCAUUCUCUCUCAUUCAUAAAUACAAUCACAAUCUUGAUUUCCUCCAUAUUCAUGAUUCUUCAUCUUCUCUCUUGACAUGGUACAAUCAAAGAAGUUCAGAGGUGUCAGGCAAAGACAGUGGGGCUCUUGGGUUUCUGAAAUUCGCCAUCCCCUUCUGAAAAGAAGGAUUUGGCUAGGAACAUUUGAAACAGCAGAAGCAGCAGCAAAAGCAUAUGAUCAAGCUGCAAUCUUGAUGAAUGGUCAAAAUGCAAAAACAAAUUUCCCAGUUGAUAAUAUCCUCGAACAAUCUAGUACAAAACCAUCAUCAUUAAAAGAUCAUCAAUUUAAUAAUUCUAGUUCAACAUUGUCUGAAAUUCUUGGAGCCAAGCUUAAGAAAAGUUGUAAAGAUCCUUCUCCUUCACUCACAUGUCUUAGGCUUGAUAGUGACAGUUCUCAUAUUGGUGUUUGGCAAAAACGGGCCGGGUCAAGAUCAUCUUCAAAUUGGGUUAUGAAAGUUCAAAUGGGCAAGGCUAAUUCAAUCAUUCAUCAGAAUCAUAAUCAAUCUUCUUCUUGUUCUUCAUCUUCUUAUUCUUCUUUAAAGGAGGUUGUUGAUAAUGGUGGAGGAAUUACAGGGAAUGUUAUGGAUGAAGAGAAUAUGGUGGCAAUACAGAUGAUUGAGGAGCUAUUGAAUACCAAUUGAAAUUAAACCCAUGUUUUUAAAUCAUAAAAAGAAUGGAUUUUUAUCUUAAUCAAGAACAUGGGUAAUGGAUCAAUCUACCAUGUAUGUGUAUGUAUGUAUUAAAAAAAUUAAUGUAUUUAAUUUGGUUGUGAAUUAGAUAUAUAGUGUUUUAAUAGUGAUCAUAUGAUUUUAUCUAAUUAAUUCUUGUAUCUUUGAAAAUUAUUAUUAUUAUUAUUAUUAUUAUUAUUAUAUUAUUAAUGACAUGUUUGGCAAGUAUA